AUGGGCGCCGGGGCCAGCGCUGAGGAGAAGCACUCCCGCGAGCUGGAGAAGAAGCUCAAAGAGGACGCUGAGAAGGAUGCCAGGACCGUCAAGCUGCUGCUGCUGGGAGCAGGGGAGUCCGGGAAGAGCACCAUCGUCAAGCAGAUGAAGAUCAUCCACCAGGAUGGUUACUCACUGGAGGAAUGCCUGGAGUUCAUUGCCAUCAUCUACAGCAACACGCUCCAGUCCAUGCUGGCCAUCGUGCGGGCCAUGAACACCCUCAACAUCCAGUACGGGGACACAGCUCGCCAGGAUGAUGCCCGCAAGCUGCUGCACCUUUCGGACACCAUCGAGGAGGGCACCAUGCCCAAGGAAAUGUCGGACAUCAUUGGGCGGCUCUGGAAGGAUGCGGGCAUCCAAGCCUGCUUCGACCGUGCCUCCGAGUACCAGCUCAAUGACUCGGCCGGCUACUACUUGUCGGACCUGGAGCGCCUGGUGACCCCCGGCUACGUUCCCACGGAGCAGGACGUGCUGCGCUCCCGCGUCAAGACCACCGGCAUCAUCGAGACCCAGUUCUCCUUCAAAGACCUCAACUUCAGGAUGUUCGACGUGGGUGGCCAGCGCUCGGAGCGGAAGAAGUGGAUCCACUGCUUCGAGGGGGUGACCUGCAUCAUCUUCAUCGCGGCCCUCAGCGCCUAUGACAUGGUUCUGGUGGAGGAUGACGAAGUGAACCGCAUGCACGAGAGCCUGCACCUCUUCAAUAGCAUCUGCAACCACCGCUACUUUGCCACCACCUCCAUCGUCCUCUUCCUCAACAAGAAGGAUGUCUUCCUGGAGAAGAUAAAGAAGGCCCAUCUCAGCAUCUGCUUCCCCGACUAUGACGGUCCCAACACCUACGAAGACGCGGGCAACUACAUCAAGCUGCAGUUCCUGGAGCUGAACAUGCGGCGGGACGUGAAGGAGAUCUACUCCCACAUGACCUGCGCCACCGAUACCGAGAACGUCAAGUUCGUCUUCGACGCUGUCACUGACAUCAUCAUCAAGGAGAACCUCAAGGACUGUGGGCUCUUCUGA